AUGCGGUUCUCCAGAUUCUUCACCACGGCACUGGCCGCGUCCAUGCCUGUGGCGGCAAUUGCCAAAACAUCCCCCGAUUCUUUUGCUGCUACUGCCAACCUCCUGACGCGCGAUGAGUUUGCUCAGUUUGCCAAGCUCGCACUUGCUCCCAGACAGGACACCCUAGACUUGGGCGAUGCUCUCAGCAGCCUCUUGGACCUGCUCAAGCAGUUGCAGACCUUUCUCUCCACCGACUUCCUCAACGACGUCCACACCGUCGUGACGGGGCUCGCCGACCUGCUCGAGGCACCCUUUGCCAAUACCACGCGCAGCAUUGUCUUUACGGCCAGCGACGCUCUCGGACAAGUUGACCUUGGCUCGCUCAUUGGACAGAUCUCACCUCUUCUGGAUACGCUCGGCAAGCUCGACAUUGGCGGUCUGGUCGAUGCCGCCUCUGGCCUCUUGACUCCGGACAACAUCAAGAUCAUUGGCAACCUCCUCAAUGGCGCCAACAGCCUCCUAACUCAAGACUUUAUCACCGAGACCAAGCAGCUUAUUGCUGAUGCUCAACCGCUUGUAUCGGCGGUCUCGGAAUUCAUCACUGCUCUCAUUACCGCUCUCCUUGGCGGCUAG